AUGAAUUGUAACGAGGAAUCGACACCGUUUGAGCCUGUUCGGGUGAUCGAUAAGCAAUCGUUGGAUUAUGUAUUGAGGUCAGGAAUUUCGGGUGGUAUAGCUGGAAGUGCAGCUAAAACACUUAUUGCCCCAUUAGACAGAGUGAAGAUUCUCUUCCAAACGUCUAACCCAGAAUUUCUUAAGUACAGAGGUAAAUUCUCCGGACUCUUUCGUGCAAGUAAGCGGAUUUGGAAUAACGACGGAUUAUUCGGAUUGUUUCAAGGACACUCAGUCACUUUGUUAAGAAUCUUUCCUUAUGCAUCAAUCAAGUUUGUUGCUUAUGAGCAAAUUAGGACUAUUUUAAUCCCAACGGAUUUGCACGAAACUGCAAUUAGAAGAUUUAUGGCUGGUUCAUUAUCUGGUUUAGCAAGCGUUUUCUUUACGUAUCCAUUGGAUUUACUUAGAGUUAGAAUGGCAUUUGAAACUAAGCAUUUGCAUGAAAAAAACAUAAGACCUAAUAGUCGCCAGCACUUUAUAACGCACCAUCAGGGCCGAUUGAGUGCAACUUUAAGGGAAGUAUUAAAUGAGCGUCCGCCCCAUAGGGUUAAUGAUCCAGCCUGGUUAAAGCUCAUGAGACAAAAUUUGCCUCUGUCUGUAAUGUCAUUAUCAAACUUUUACAGAGGGUUUGCUCCAACUAUUUUAGGAAUGAUUCCAUAUGCGGGAGUGUCAUUCUAUACGCAUGAUUUGAUACAUGAUAUCUUGAGAUCGAAAUACUUGUCAAAGUACACGGUUCAAUCACAAGGAGCUCUUUCUCAUUCUAUUUCCACCUCAUCUUCAAACAAUAGAGUUAUUAGAAAAUCUUCAAACAAUAAAGACCAAAUAAACUCAAGAGAUUCCAGAUUGCCUUUGAUGGCAUAUGCCCAAUUACUAGCAGGUGGGCUUGCUGGUAUGUGCUCUCAAACUGCGGCAUAUCCCUUUGAAGUUAUACGGAGAAGAAUGCAAGUGGGUGGUGCCGUAAAUCAAGGGCAAUUUUUAUCAUUUAAGUCCACAGCCAAGUUAGUUUAUAGAGAAAGUGGAUUUAGAGGCUUUUUUGUUGGCUUGAGUAUUGGUUACAUGAAAGUUAUUCCUAUGGUUGCAUGUUCAUUCUACGUUUACGAAAGAUGUAAAAUGUUUUUCGGAAUAUGA